AUGUCAUCCAAUAGACUUCGAGCACUAUCAAUGUUGAAUCUUGAUGCAGAAAGGGAACGAAUGACGGGGCAGCUCGCUCUAUGCCUCGCUGAGAACCUGAAAAGCUUGAUGGCAAUGGAUUCCACCGGCCGGCAGAAAACGAUAGCUGAGGCACAGCAAUGGUUACCUCCAGACAUUAAGGCCACUCUGGCCGAAGGCAAUCUACACGUUGCCGUGAUACCACACCGCUCCUACGAGAAUCCAAUGUCUCUACCAAGUAUACUCCAGGAUAGUGACUUGGAUACACCUCAUCCUCCCGCUCUGGAGUUAUCCGAAGAGCCUGACACGCGAGAUGAGUGUCUAGGUACACCUACUGAUUUCGAAAGCUACGUUGAAGAGAUGUCUAUCUAUCCCGAAGAAUACAUUUGGGACAACUUCGAUGUAGUGGACUGCCCAAGUUGGAUGGAUAAUGAUGUUCUCUCAAGAUACGAUUAG